CCUGAGAUGGAGGCUCAAAACCACACUACUGUGACAGAAUUCAUUCUUUUGGGGUUAACGGAGAAUUCCACACUGUGUAUCAUCCUAUUUAUGAUAUUUCUAUGGAUAUAUGCUGUUACUUUAGUGGGCAAUAUCAGCAUCAUCAGUUUAAUAAGAAGCUGCCCCCAACUCCAUACCCCCAUGUAUCUGUUCCUUAGCCAUCUGGCUUUUGUGGACAUUGGGUUUUCUACAUCAAUCACACCUAUAAUGCUUACAGGCUUCCUUGGUCAUACAGUAGUACUCUCUGUGACUGGUUGUGAAGCCCAAUUCUGCAUUGCAGUGACAUUUGGGACAGCUGAGUGCUUCCUCUUAGCUGCCAUGGCCUAUGAUCGCUAUGUGGCCAUCUGCUCACCCCUGCUCUAUUCAACACAUAUGUCCCCCAAGAUCUGUUUCCUCUUGGUUGGGGCAUCCUAUGUGGGUGGCUGUGUGAAUUCAUGGACAUUCACUAGUUGUCUGUUAAGUUUGUCCUUCUGUGGACCAAAUCAAAUUGAUCAUUUUUUCUGUGACUUCCCUGCUGUGUUGAAACUUUCUUGCUCAGAUGUUUCCAUUAUUGGAAUUAUUCCUUCUAUCUCUUCUGGAACCAUUAUUGUGAUCACAGUGUUUGUCAUAGCUGACUCCUAUACCUAUAUCCUCAUUACCAUCCUGAAGAUGCGCUCCACUGAGGGCCGACAGAAGGCCUUCUCCACCUGUACCUCCCACUUCACUGCAGUCACUAUCUACUAUGGAACCAUAACCUUCAUUUAUGUGAUGCCCAAGUCCAACUACUCUACUGAACAGAACAAGAUACUGUCUGUAUUCUACACAGUGGUGAUCCCCAUGCUUAACCCCCUCAUCUACAGCCUGAGAAACAAAGAUGUAAAAGAGGCUUUGAGGAAGGCCACUGUCAGAAUAUUUCCAUAG